AUGCACAAACUGCAGUUGGGGACACGCUCUUACCUUACAGACGCUAUGAAGCUGACCCAGUCAGAGCAGGCUCAGCUAUCACUGGAACUACAAAGGGAUAGUCACAUGAAACAGUUACUGCUCAUCCAGGAGAGAUGGAAAAGGGCAAAGAGGGAGGAAAAGCUGAAAGCCCAGCAGCAUGCUGACAAGGAAAUAGCUGCACAUCUUCAGACUUCUUAUAAGCCAUCUGCUGAAGACUCUGAUGAUCAAAACCUAUUGGUUCCUGUUACUCAGAAAUACAGCCCUUCCACGGAGAAGCAUGCACAAGAUAUUCCGGGUGUCUUUGACAGGGACCCGGAUACACUGUUAUUUCUGCUUCAGAAAAAGAAGGAGCCGGUGGAAGCCUGUAUUGGGAGUAAAGCUCCAAAAGAUGACAAAACAAUAAUAGAAGAGCAGGCAACCAAGAUUGCAGAUUUGAAACGGCACAUAGAAUUUCUUGUGGCUGAAAAUGAGAGAUUAAGGAGAGAGAAUAAGCAGUUAAAAGCCGAAAGAGCUAGACUCCAAAAAUCUCCAGUAGACAAGGAGCUGGAUGUAGAUGCUGACUUUGUUGAGAAGUCAGAGUUGUGGGGUCUGCAGCAACACUCAGAAACUGCUUCUUCAGCUGCAACUUGGCAGAAGUUUGCAACAAGUGCUGGGAAGGCAAAGGACAUUCCAAUACCCAGCCUUCCCCCUCUGGACAUCCCGUCCCCUGAACUCCCUCUGCUGGAACUCUCCGAAGAUAUACUGAAAGGACUGAUGAAUAGUUAAAAACCAGGAAAAGUGUUCAGUGUAGUUACCCCAAGUCAAGAAAAGGGAAAACCACCAAGACAAUGGUGAUCUGAGGGCAGAAACAUCUAACACAAUCCUACUGUUGGAGAAAAGGCAUUAAAGCAACUUUGUUACUGUGAAAUACACAUCAUAUCUGAUCUACUUCAUAAAAGUUAAAGGUACCAUAAUUGGUGUAAGAUGGCAAGCUCUUUAGUCUUUCUCCCAAUGUUUCAAACCAAAUGACUGCCUGGAGAAUGUUUCAAGUAACACAAUCCUUCAGGGUUUUAAAGUAUGCUAUAUGUAAUAGUUAUCUAUAAUGCCAUAAAUGAUGGUGCAGAACCUAACUGUUAUGGUUGCCAAUUGGCUACCACUUCAUAUUGAAAAAUGCUUUCUAGCAUGAAUUUAAACUGUGCAUUUCAUUAUGCAUAACUUUGUUAAUUCAGAUACAGUGCAAUUUAUACACCUCCUAGAUGGAUUUAUGUGCCACGUUCUAUACUCCUGACCAUGUUAACCUCAAGUCAGGAGAGAUUUUAAUUUCCAUUCUAUGAAGGAACCAACUUAUUAGUUCUGUUGACGAGUUUUUUUGGGUUAUCUGUUUACAUAACUAAUCAGGGUGCAUCGAAUCUAGCUAUUGGUUUCUGUAUAAAGUGACAUUGUUUAAAAAAGAAAAAUCUAUACUUAAGAAAAAAAAUACCCUUUUUGUUUUCAGUGAUGCAUGAAUGGAAGUAAUUCUAGCUGGCAGUAUUUGAUUGAAAAAUAAAUUGUUUACAGCUUAACCUGAUUCAAAAAGGAUAUGAAAAUAAAAACCAAGGUGUU